UUCUGCCUUUUCCGUUUCUCUUUGCUGUACAGUACGAAUGUCCUGAUCUUACGCUCACUGCCUUCAUUCGCACCUUUGAGUGACUAUCCGAUCACUUUGUUUCAUCUCGACUUCAGCUGCGCCCAUUCCCAUUAGGCUGCGCCCCCCUCUAAGAAUACCAUCAUCCCGCCCAUGCAGUCUCUGCACACUGCACUGUCGAGGGGCCGUUGACACUCCCUUUCUGUCCAGGACCCUCACAUUCGCUUCCUCCUCAAUUGGAAUUGUCAUUGUCGCACAAUCCAGACGAUCGCUGAAUCCAAUCUACAUUCACUCUUUUUAAACUUGCACACCAAGCCAGGGUCCGUGCCGCAACGGGAAGUGGCAGCGAGAACACAAUGUCCAACGGCAGGACAUUUUCCUUUGAACACAAUGACGACCAGGACAAUUUAGAAAUGCAAGGGCAACAGCCCCAGCCAUAUCAGCCUCAUGCCUACCAGGACGACCAUUCCAGAAAUAUCACAUCUCCUCCGCCCGACUAUGCGCCCCCAUCACCCCAGCGUUUGCCAGAACGCUCCUCUCCCUCAACCUCACCACGAAGACGACCCAUCCCUCAAGACACUCACCUUCUGGGCGAUUCUACUCCCACCAGAACUCAAUCCCGAGACGUAGAUUUCGAUGAAUUGCCCGCACCGCCUCCUCCACCUCACAGAACCAGUCCGACCCGAUUGCCCAGAGAGACCCCUGGCUAUUCACAAUCCUACCGACCCUACUCAGACGUCACCACGGGAGCGGACAAUUACGGAGAACAAGCGGCAGGAGGGGGAUUGGACACAGUAGCAAGAGGUGUUGCAGAUAUUCAUUCCAGAGAAAGCGGCGUAGAGGCCAUGCGAUCGUUACCUCAGUCCUACGCUCCCUACAGUUCAGCUUAUGGUCGAGACCCUAGCCCGUAUCAGCAAGACUUGCCUCCAUCGCACCUGCCUUCGCGGAACUCAUAUGGCUCUUCCUUUGCUCUGGCAGCGGGAGCCGCUACCCCUCCAAAUGGCUCACCUGGUCCAAGAUCUUCAGCCUUUUCUGGCAGAAGCAUUCCACUCGACGAUUACAACGGAGGUCUCAACCGGCCUAUGUCCUACUCAGGUUACCAAGACUCCCCCUACCAGACCCCGUACAAUCCCUCAGUAAGUUCAGCCAAUAUCAUGAACCAAGCGCAUAUCAACCCCAACAACAUUCUCGACGACGGGGAUGAAGAGUUCUCCCAUGCCCAGCAGACGCCAAGUCGGCCAAAAGGAGCUGGCAAUGCAGGCGCUGCAGCUGCAGCUGGUUCCGGGACUGUUGGAGUCUUGAGUGGUCUGUUUGGGCGCAGGGUCAAGAAUGUGGCUUCUAGUGGUUCAUACGAUCCUGUUGGAAAUGGCACAAAAGCCGAGAAGAGUGACUGGCUAGCACAACAGACCCACGGCAAGCGGAAAAUGCGACGGUGGGUGGGAAUUGGCAUUGGAUUGUUUGUUGUCCUCGCAAUCGUUGGUGCCAUUGUCGGCGGCGUUCUUGGGACACGCAAUUCUGACGGUGGUUCUGGUUCCUCUAGCGACGAUACCAACAAUGCUUCCUCGGAUACGGCAAACAAUGGUGACUUGGGCAAAGGCUCGUCUGAAAUCCAGGCGCUUAUGAACAACAAGAAUCUUCACAAGGUUUUCCCAGGCAUGGAUUAUACACCCUGGGGCACUCAGUACCCGUUGUGCUACACAUAUCCGCCUUCGCAAAACAACGUCACCCGAGACAUGGCGGUGCUCUCUCAGCUGACGAAUGUUGUGCGUCUCUAUGGCACAGAUUGCAACCAGACCGAGAUGGUGUUGCAUGCAAUCGAUCGUUUGGAAUUGACGGACAUGAAAGUCUGGAUGGGAGUUUGGAUAGAUACCAAUCAAACCACGACCGAUCGACAGAUUGAUCAGAUGUACAAGAUCCUAUCAAACACCAAGGACCUCUCAGUGUUCAAAGGCGUUAUCGUCGGCAAUGAAGCAUUGUACCGUGCGGGAGAAGACAAAUCACAGUCGGAGCAAGAAUUGAUCGAUAUCUUGACCGAUGUCAGGUCGAAAUUCAAGAGCAAUGGAUACGAUCUGCCCAUUGCCACCUCGGACCUGGGUGACAACUGGAACGCACAACUUGUACAAGUUGUGGAUUAUGUCAUGUCCAACAUCCAUCCCUUCUUUGCUGGGGUCACUGCUGAGGUCGCGGCUGGUUGGACGUAUGAUUUCUGGCAGAACCACGAUGUGAUCUUGACUGAAAGUCUUCCAAACGUGAAACAAUUGAUCAGUGAGACCGGAUGGCCCAGUGGUGGAGGGACGGACUGUGGUGGAUCGGAUGGUGAUUGUUCACCCGGGCAAAGCGGGUCUGUUGCCGGGGUUGAUGGCAUGAAUACCUUUAUGAACGACUGGGUGUGUCAAGCCUUGUCUAACGGCACGGAUUAUUUUUGGUUUGAAGCAUUUGAUGAGCCUUGGAAAGUCAUUUACAAUACCCCUGGGAAAGAAUGGGAGGACAAAUGGGGCCUCAUGGAUCCAGGAAGAAACCUCAAGCCUGGCUUGAAGAUUCCAGACUGUAACGGUCAAACGGUGGGAUCAUGAUGUACCCUUUACUCCGUAAUGGUGUUUGCAUUAUCCUUGAGCAUGAAAAAGUAUAUGAGCCACCACCUAGAGUGUCUGGGAUGUAUUGUAUAGUGAUUAUGAUAUUAUGGCUGGCAUGAAUACCACCUUCCUAGUGGGUAGUUUAGUUAUUGUGCCAUGGGGUUUAGAUUAGUGUGGAUGAGUUGAGAUUAUCUACCUACGUACUGUAGAGUCGAGUGUAUUCCCAGUAUGAUGAUGAGAGAGCGAGAGAACGAGGACAAGGAAAGAAUCUACCUCCUUCGUAUGACUAGGUAGUUGGAGGUACAUACAAAUUAUUAGUACUUCUGGACCCGUA